ACUCCUUGCCGUUGUAUGCUACAGGAGCCUUAUCAAUUAAUGGGUGCAACAGUGUCGUCUCCAAUUGAUGAUUAUAAAAAGGCUGUGGCACCUAUCAUCGAGGAGUAUUUCACCACAGGAGACGUGGAGCUGGCAGCUUCUGAUCUCAGAGAUCUUGACUUGGAUGAUUAUCAUCAUUAUUUUAUUAAGAAACUGAUUUCUAUGGCAAUGGAUAGGCAUGCGAAGGAGAAGGAAAUGGCAUCAGUUUUGCUUUCAGCUUUAUAUGCUGAUGUUAUUAGUGCAAGCCAGAUUAGCCAUGGUUUUAUCAUACUUCUGGAGUCGGCAGAGGAUUUGGCAGUCGACAUACUUGAUGCAGUUGAAGUCUUGGCUCUUUUUGUUGCCCGAGCUGUUGUUGAUGAUAUUAUACCUCCUGCAUUUCUCAAUAGAGCGAAAAAAAUGCUUCCUGAAAAUUCUAAGGGGCUUCAGGUUAUUGAGACUGCUGAAAAGAGCUAUCUUUCAGCUCCUCAUCAUGCAGAGUUAGUGGAGCGCAAAUGGGGAGGUAGCACCCACCUCACUGUUGACGAGGUGAAAAAGAAAAUAUCAUAUCUAUUGAGAGAAUACAUUGAAAGUGGAGAUACAGCAGAGGCCUGCCGGUGCAUCAGGGAAUUAGGUGUCUCAUUCUUCCACCAUGAGGUUGUUAAACGGGCUGUUACCCUUGCCAUGGAGACACCAGCAUCUCAACCUCUUAUCUUCAAACUUUUGGAAGAAGCUGCUGAAGAAGGUCUAAUAAGCUCUAGUCAGAUGAUUAAAGGAUUCUAUCGUCUUGCUGAGAGCCUUGAUGACUUGACUCUUGAUAUUCCUUCUGCCCAAGCUAUUUUCCAGCAACUUGUACCAAAAGCAAUUUCUCAAGGUUGGCUUGACCCUUCCUUCAAGUUCCCUGACGCUGAUAAGGACUCCAGUGAUGUAGAAGAUGAGAAGAUAAAACGAUUUAAGGAAGAAUCUGUAAUCAUUAUUCAUGAGUAUUUCCUUUCAGAUGAUAUACCAGAACUUAUUAGAAGCCUUGAAGAUCUUGCUGCUCCACAGUACUAUCCUAUUUUCAUCAAGAAACUGAUCACAAUUGCAUUAGACAGGAAGAACAGGGAGAAGGAGAUGGCAUCUGUUCUACUAUCAGCCCUAGCGAUGGAUAUUUUUUCUAUUAGACGUUAUAUCAAGAUCUAUAUUCUGUUUCUUGCUAGGGCCGUCAUUGAUGAUGUCUUGGCUCCACUAAACCUGGAGCAAAAGGAGAUCAAGAGAAAACUUCUACCAAACUGUAGUGGCAGCGAAACUGUUCACAGUGCCCGUUCUCUUGCUUCAGCCCGUCAUGCUGGUGAAAGACUACUGAGGUGUUGGGGUGGUGGUACCGGAUGGGCGGUGGAGGAUGCCAAAGAUAAGAUCACAAAACUUCUGGAGGAGUUUGAGAGCGGAGGUGAUAUGGGAGAGGCUUGCCAAUGUAUCCGCGAACUUGGGAUGCCAUUCUUCAAUCAUGAAGUGGUGAAAAAAGCAUUGGUUAUGGCAAUGGAGAAGAAAAAUGACAGGCUCUUGGAUCUACUUCAGGAAUGCUUUGGAGAAGGCUUGAUCACUAUCAAUCAGAUGUCGAAGGGAUUCUCUAGGGUCAAGGAUGGUCUUGAUGAUCUAGCUCUUGAUAUCCCGAAUGCCGUGGAGAAGUACAUAUCUUUCUACAGUUCUUUGGCGCCCUUAGCAAUUGAGAUGGUUCUCUCCAUCAGUAACCUCUCGUCCUCUUCUACAGCAGUGCAUAUCACCUUUCAAUAA